AAAAACAAAAAAAAAAAAAAACAAAAACCCAUUGGGUUAUAGCCCAAACCGAGAACCUGACCCAUUAUCCAUUUUUAAAACACGAAAAUCAUAUUAUCUCAUGAAAAACAACGCGUUUUUCUACACUCGCAGAUAACAAGAGCGUGAUGUUACACCUUGGCGCCCGCGCGUGGUACACCUCGUUCAGAAGCGGAAGCUCAGUCAGUCUUCACGCGCAUGGAAACCUCAACCCUGAACAUCGUAAUCUUCUCGAGAGGGUGCGCGUGCUAGCCACGUGCGGCCACCUGAAAGAAGCACUUUCCCUCUUCUACACUCUCGAAACUCCUCAUUGCCAACAAACCUACGCCACUCUCUUCCAUGAAUGUGCCCGCCAUGGUUUCUUCCAUGAAGGUCGGUCUCUUCACAGGUUCAUGGUUGCCCACAACGCCGCCAAUUCAACUGACCUCUUUAUCACCAACCAUAUUAUCAACAUGUACUGUAAAUCUGGUUACUUGGACUAUGCCCAUCGGUUGUUUGACGAAAUGCCCACGAGAAACCUUGUUUCUUGGACUGCUCUCAUCUCGGGGUAUGCACAACGUGGGCAAGGUGGGGAUUGUUUUCGUUUGUUUUCCAGCAUGCUGGGCCACUUCCGUCCGAAUGAGUUCUCUUUUGCCAGCGUGCUUAGUUCGUGUGGUGGCCGUGAUGGCCGGCAGGUACAUGCACUUGCUUUGAAAAUGUCUUGGGAUGCUUCUGUUUUUGUUGCAAAUGCUCUUAUUACAAUGUAUAGCAAAGGUGGUGGUUAUGAGGAUGAACUAGGUGAUCGUAUAGAUGAAGCUUGGACUAUGUUUAAGGCCAUGGAGUUUCAGAAUCUUGUAUCUUGGAAUUCCAUGAUUGCAGUGUUUCAGUUUCAUGGACUUGGAGCUCAAGCUAUGGAUCUAUUUAUGCAAAUGCGCUAUGAAAGAAUCGGUUUUGACAGUAGCACACUACUCAGUGUUCUUUCAGCCUUCUGUGGAAGCAGUGAAAAUGGUAGUAAUUUGUGUUUGAGGUUAUGUUCUCAAUUGCAUUGUCUCACUGUGAAAACUGGGUUUAUAUCAGACGUCAAAGUGGCAACUGCAUUGGUUAGAGCUUAUUCAGAUCUUGGAGGGCAUGUUGAUGACUGUUACAAGCUCUUCUUGGAGACAAAUUGUUAUGGAGAUAUUGUUUCAUGGACCAGCAUCAUAACUACAUUUGCAGAGCGUGAUCCAGAAGAAGCGUUCUUCCUUUAUUCUCAGCUGUACCAUGGGGACCUUGCUCCUGAUCGGUAUACUUUCUCGAUUGUCUUAAAAGCUUGUGCAGGCCUUAUAACAGAGAGAAAUACAUCAGCAGUCCAUUCACAAGUAAUUAAAGCUGGGUUUGAGAGCGACACAGUACUUUCAAAUUCCUUGAUCCAUGCUUAUGCUAGGAGUCCUUCAAUUUCUCUGUCCAAACGAGUAUUUGAUGAAAUUAGAAAUCGUGAUGUGAUUUCUUGGAAUUCUAUGCUCAAGGCUUAUGCCUUGCAUGGACAAGCUAAAGAGGCAUUGCAUCUCUUUUCUCGAAUGAACGUCCAACCUGAUCACGCUUCCUUUGUUGCUCUUCUCUUUGCUUGUAGUCAUGCUGGACUGGUGGAAGAAGGAGUUGAAAUAUUUGAAAGCAUGUCUGAAAAUUAUGGUAUUGUUCCUCAUCUUGAUCACUAUGCCUGCAUGGUUGACAUUCUUGGGCGAGCAGGACGAAUCCGUGAGGCUGAGAAACUUAUAAGUAAAAUGCCAAUGGAGCCAGACUCUGUGGUCUGGAGUGCACUGCUUGGAUCUUGUAGGAAACAUGGGAAGACAGAGCUAGCCAAGUUAGCUGCAGAUAAGCUAAAGGAGCUGGAGCCAGGGAAAUCAUUGGGUUAUGUGCAAAUGUCAAAUGUAUUUAGCUCUGGCGGUAACUUCGAUGAAGCUGGCCUAAUCUGGAAGGAAAUGAAAGGAUAUGGAGUGAGAAAGGAACCAGGAUUAAGUUGGAUUGAGAUUGGUAACCAGGUUCAUGAGUUUGCCUCUGGAGGUCGGUCUCAUCCAGAAAGGGAGGUUAUAUCCAGAAAGAUCGAAGGACUAAUUGGACAAUUAAAGGAGAUGGGAUAUGUGCCUGAAACAAGCUUGGCCUUGCAUGAUGUAGAAGAGGAGCAAAAAGAGGAGCAUUUGUAUCAUCACAGUGAGAAACUAGCUUUGAUCUUUGCCAUUAUGAAUCAAGACAGUUUGUCUCGGGGUGGGAGUGUGAUAAGAAUUAUAAAGAACAUCCGAAUAUGCGUAGAUUGCCAUAAUUUCAUGAAACUAGCCUCAAAGUUAUUUCAGAAGGAGAUUGUUGUGAGAGACUCAAACCGCUUCCACCGUUUCAGCAAUGGCGUCUGCUCUUGCAAUGACUAUUGGUAACAAAGAGCAU